AUGUCGAGCUCAUCCAAAGUAACUCCAACAAACGGUGGCACGUUGGAGGAUUGUCAUACGAACGUUUUUGCUCUGACCGAACUGAACGGUUUGAAAUGGAAGUGCCUCACAACGCCUUUAACGAAUCGUCAAUGGACAAAUGUCGAGAAUGAUCCAAUACUACAAGCCUACUCAAAAUGCCUACAAUCCGGUAUAUUGUGUGCGUGGAGGAGGCAACCGACGCAUACCAGUAAUCAGCUAUCAACACUGCAAUUGCCAGACUAUCGAAUUGAUGUCAUCAAAGAGCUGUGGAUAUUCUGGUAUUCACAAGACGAACCUGAGGCGUUGGCUCAGUACACUAGCAAUUUGGCGUGUGCUGAGGAUGGAGUCGGGAAUUGGUCAGUUCCGGGUAUACAGUAUGAGACGAGGACGUUGUUCUUUAAGGCGUUGCAUAAUCUGAUCGAGAGGAAUUUACUGAAAAAUGGUUAUAUCCGUAUUGGGAAAUAUUUCACGCAGCCAUAUGAUUUACCGUUAGCUGAUCGAAUGCAUUGCUCACCGAGUUAUAUAACUGGCAUAAGUUUCAAUUUCUUCGUUCACGGCGAGAAUACAGUGUGCACGAGUGUGAGUGUGCAACGCCAACCGACAAUCUACAAACUCACCAAACAGCACCUAAACAACCACAAAAAACAACCGAUUAUACUCGGACCGUGGUCAAUUCGAGCAUUCUUGAUCGCUGAACAGCCAUUUAUUGUGAAUAAUAGUUAUGGGAAUGGUGGUAUGAAUAGCGGGAAUAAUUAUGGGGGUGGUGCUAUGAAUUUGGGUGUGAAUAUGGACGCGAAUCAGUUCGCGAGCAGCGGUUGUGCCGGUAAUGCUGCUGGUAUUGGUAAUAUGGGUUAUGCAUCUACAAUGGAUACGAAUAAUAGUAUAAAUAUGGGUCCAACUGGGACGGGUAAUAUUAAUAGUAAUGAAAAGGUAAUCGAUAAACUCUACAAUGAAUGGUUACAAUUCUUCGCGUUGCCGAAUUCUGGCAUCGAAACUGGAGCAUUUCAGUCGACAGUGAGGGUUGGCGAGAAUAAGGAGAAUUCGAGGGAGAAUGAGUCAAACGAACUGCCAAAAAUGGUAUUGGUCGACGUGGAUGGUAUCCAUAUGUGGUACCCGAGCUCGCUGAUUGUUGUGCAAGCUUGUGAUGAUUUAUUGUUGAGAAAUGAAGGUUGUGAAUCGAGCGAUGAGGAUUUGAAUAUGAAUAUGAAUAAUAAUAAUAAUAGUGCCAAUAAUAAUGGCAUCAAUAAGCCGUCUACAUCAACAUCGAAUUGUUAUUAUUAUUGUAAUAGUAAUAAUAAAUCGAAUAAAUUGCAUAAGAAAUAUAAAAAACAUUUACAUAAUAAUACUAAUAACAAUAAUAUCGAUAAUGAAUUGGUGAAUGAAAAUGGUGAACGAAGAAAUUUGAUGUACAACGGUAUGGUGAAUGGUGCGCGGGCAGCACAGAGGUUCUUUGAAGAGGCGUGUUUCAUGCCGUCUUCAUCGAGACGUCACCCCCCUCAAGCGAGUAGCAUUGGCUUGUUGAUGUCAAGUGGUUCGAUGGACGAUGAUACGAGAUGGAAUUUUAGUGAUGCGUUGAGGCGAAAGGAGAAAGAGAGUGAUAAUUGCUCGUGUAGACAGUGUGAUUACGCGGCUGUAAGUGGUCAGUAUCGAAGCGAUAAUUUAAAUGGUAAUUCGACAUCAUUUUCCACAUCUGUAUUGCAGUCAGGGCUGAUGUCACCGCAAAGUGUGUCCCGUCAAAGCGCUCAAGUCGUUAUGCCAACACCGUCAACGAGUGGUCUUUCAUUUGCGGGUGCUUCGUACGAUGUCAAACCUGAUUCGCCGCGAGGGUCAAACCUGGAAUUAUUUCAUCGAAGGUCUCCGCUAUUUGCACGAACCCCGUCGCCACCCCGUUCGCCGGAAUGGGAGAAGCGACUGGCGGGGUUGGGAGGUGAUGGUCCGGGGCUGGUAGGGCAGGACAACCUGGACGGAAGGCUGAGCGCGACAUUGCAGUCACCGAACUGGGUGCAUGAAUCGCACGUAAGUAACCCUAACAGCAACAGUGGUGGCAGUCAGUCGUGUACUCCUGCUGGUGCUUCGAGUGAUCGUUACGAAUACCCUGAAUCGCCGUCAAUCCCGCAGAUAGAGACCCAGUCGUCGUCGAGACUCAGUUACCGCAAGGUGAAUCGAAAGAGGUUGGGCCCGAAGGUGAACAGCGGCAGUGGCCAAGAUCUUGUAAACAGUAACGACAAAUUGGUAAAAUCGGAACCAAUAUACCAGAAUAUUAGUCCAUCAACGAGCAGGCCACGUUCUCCGGUGGUGGCUACAGCGAAUGCGAAUAACCAAAUGUCAGCGAAUGUAGUUGACAGUUUGGGGAGAUUGUUGGCGGGUAACGAGACGGGUAAUGGGAGUAAAUAUGGGGAGAGGGGGAUGUCGAGGAGGGGUGUGAAGGGCGCGGAGGUGGAUUAUUAUAACGAGUCGAGUGAACGAGAGGAGACGGUGGGACAGGACAAGGGUGAGGAGGUCGACGGUUGUGAAUAUAAAAAAAGGCGAAACCGGCGAAAACAACGUUUGAAGAUGGGUAAUAACAACGGUGCUCGUAAGUUAAUAUGGAACGGUAUCGAUAGUUUGGACGUCUCGUUUGUAGCCAAGGAAAUUGGGGAAGAUGAACGGUAUACCGAGUAUGGAAGUGAUAUGGAAUUCUUAAAAGAGAACGUCGAGUCUGAAUUGGAUACAGUGAAGACUGAAGAUAGAAAUGCUAAUAAAAAUAUGCAAUAUAUCGCCAAUAAUGUAAAUAAUAAUAAUAUUUCAUCAACAGAAACAUGUCAAAGUCAACGGAGCAAUAUGCAGACUUAUUCACAUGGAAAUAAUAAUAAUAGUAAUGGAACGAAUAAUUUCAACGAUCACUGCAGCAGUCCAUCAACAGUGGCCAUGAUCGAUACGAGUAGUCCGAUGGAGGUAGUGAAUGACUCAGUGCACCUAUCGCCUCCAGCCAGCAACGAACGGGUGGAACCGCAGACGAUCGCGUUUGGCGGUGGCGCGAUGACCAAUAAUCUGUUGGCGAGAGUCGGAGGACCUCCGUCAGUGGGAGAUUAUAUGAUAUAUCCGACACCGCCGAGUGUGGAUGCCACUCAGUCACAACCGUUUUCACCUCAAAGUAUUUUGAUGCAGUCGACCGCUCCUAAUUCUAUAUACGCAACCAGCCUGGCCUCUCCGUACAUCGUGCAGUCUUAUGCUGGAACACCGUAUAUUACUAAUAAUAUUAAUAAUAAUAAUAAUAAUAAUAGUAAUAACAGUAAUUCAACGAUACAAGAAAUGGAUUAUUCGGAAAAUUUGAUUACCAAUAUUAAAAAAGAACCGCCGGAGGAUAAAACGGAGCAAACGUUGAAAAAUAUAAUGGAAACAGAUGAGAAACCGGACGAGAAGUUGGAGAGGUUGUUGGGCGAGAAGCCGGUGUAUGGAAAUGCGAAAAAAUUCGAAAUCGCAUUAAGCGGAAAGUUUGGCGGUGAUAUUUUCAAAGGGGAUCCAUUGCCGAUUGAGGUGAAAAACUAUCGCAUACCACAGUCAGCGUAUGCGGAUCAGUUGAAAGUGGUGCAGCAAGCGUUGCAACUGCGGCAGAAACGUCGUAAGAUCCAUAAACCACCCGAGUAUUUGAUGCUGAAGGCAGAGAGGCACUUCGGCGGUGCGCAUUCACAUCACGCACACCACCACCACCAUCAUAUGCCUCACGCGAUCUGCCCUCCAUCUUCAAUGAUCAAUCCACGCUUCCUCUCUCCUGGCACGUCCACCUAUCGCAACAGUUAUAAUUUCGCUGCAAAUAAUAGUGCCAACGCUAAUAAUAACGUGAGCAAUAUGAACGCUGCAGUGGCUGGAAUGCAAGGUUCUCCGAUGUGUGGUAGCAAUAUGGCACCGCCGCCGCAUCAUUUCCAACAACAACAGCAGCAGCAGGCCUGUAUGUCAGCGGGUGGUCAAAUGUUACCUGUGGGUGCGAACGGUCCGUUUAUGACAUCGAAUAACGUCCCGUACGGUAUGAAUACGGCGACUAUGAAUCAACAGGGUAUGAUGAUGUUGGGUAAUAAUAUAAAUAGUAAUAAUAGUAAUAAUAACUCAAUGUAUAAUAAUAUGCUACCGUGCACAUCGACAAUGCCACAACAACAUAUACCGUCUUCGCCGCAGUCGUCACAACUCAGACCAAUGGCAAUGCCGGCAGCUCAAAGGCCAUCGCAAUUGCCACAUCUAUCGCCAUACAGUCAGCAACAACAGCAAGGUGCAAAUAACCCGGCGGCAGCAGGCUUCAUGGUGUCGUCGACACAUCAUCAAAAUAACCAGUACGCUGGUGGCAGUGCAGUUGGCAUGCCCACAUCCUCAUCGAGCACUCAACAAAUGCUCAUGCAGUCAAUGCAAGUUGCUGGCGGAGGCAACGCACCGGGUGCAGGCCCGGGAACGUGCCCUCCGAUGGGUGCCGGUUUGAGUAUGAUAGCCGCGGGCCAACCAGGCCCGAUGAUGCCGCACCAUGCGGCUGGAGGCACUGGGCCACAACAGCCCGGUCCCGGUGGACCAUCACCGCCAUUUCAACAGCUGAAUCAGUUCGUGAACAACACCAAUUUCAAUUUUGGCAAUAAUAGCAACAGCAAUCAGCAGACGGCUAUGGGUAGUGGUGCGGCGCAGAGUAUGUUUCAACAACAGCAACAACAGAUGAUGUAUCGAAACGCAGCGAUGGGCGCAGGUAAUCCGAAUUUAGGUACGCCUCAACAGCAGCACUCGAUAAAUUCACCGGGCGGUUAUAUGAUGGACUCGAGGUGCCCCACCCCGAUCGAGCCUCCGCCACCGUUCUCGCAGGCAGUCACGUCGCACUAUUCAGCUGCUGCAGCAAUUCAGUCGUCUAAUGCAGCCAUCUAUUCCACCUCAUCUCAACAACAACAACAAAUGAUGCGUUCUGCGUCGCAGUCAGCGCUAAGCAGCAAUGCCAACAACCCAAGAGCGAUGUCCGCCUUUCCGCAGACCCAAAGUCAACCGGGCACACCGUACAUGCAGCAGGGCGGUCCGAUCACAUCCAUGAGCAGUAUGGUGCCUAGUGGAGCCAACAGCGCACAUCUCUAUCAGCAGACGCGACCGAACACAGUGUCGGGGCCUCCGUUGGGUAUGCAAGCGAUGUUGGAUUUGAACACUCAGGGGACGGUGGUGCCUCAUGCGGCGGGCAUGCAACAGCCGCAGCAGCAACAUCCACACGGCACUCCGACCGGUCAAAUGGUCCCAGCGAAAGCGGUCCCGCUCCACCCCGAGGGAAAAUCACUGGUGCUGGCCAUUCUGCUGCAAGACACAGUGCUGGAUCUACACUACGACUGUGUCUUCGAUGCUUGCCCGAUCUGUUCGUGUAAUGCGAAUAUUAGAGCGAAGGAACUGGGAAUGUAUAUCACGCCACCAGAAGUGUUGAGGCAGUCACCAGCCCAGCAGCAGUUGGUAGUGAAUAAACCGACGAGUGGCUUCUAUAACAACACGUCGAACCAUUGCAAUUGUGGAUUCAGUGCUGUUCGACAUCGAUAUUUGAGUAUGAAGUCUGGAUUGUUCAGCGAGGACGCGAAAGAGGCGACCGACAUUUCCGAAAAUCAAACACAGCCGGUUAUACCGCACACGAUUUGGUUCGAUUCGAUGAGUGGACGUGAUAUGAAUUUCAUCGCAUUGCUACGCGAGCAAACGUUGGUACGUGAUUUGGGCGGGAUCGUGCAGAAAGUGACGAUGCUGAAUCUGCAAUGUGAACGUGCCACGCAGUUGGAGCGCCUCGGUUCGGACUCGUCGGACCCAACCGAGUACAUAAUCUCGGAAAUCGAUCAACGAGAACUGCCACUGGUCUAUCAAGCGGCGUGUGAGGUGGCGUGCAUGGAGAUGAACUGCCGUAGGCAGAAAUCUGUCAACAGAAAUAUUGUGAUGCAUGAAUGGGGCGUGCAGAUAGCGAAUGAGAUGCGUGAGCCACGUGAGUCGGAAUGUUUGGCUGUACUGAACGAGGUGGCACCUAUUUUGGAAGAGACCCUGCGGAUAGCACGGUCAGCGCCUUUGGUAGGCACGAAUAAUAUUGUGGAGGGACCUUUGACUUGGCGAUUCUUCGAUCGAAAGUCGCUGAAAACGGGUAGUGGAAUGGACGAUGACAGUGCUCCGGAGCCAGUUCCGAACAUACUGCUCGCGUCGGAGCGUGACGCGAUCAUAGCGUCGCCGACCAUACUGAGAAUGUGGGAUAAGAUGCAGCUGGAGCCUUAUGACCAGCCCAAGGACAUACUAUACAUAGCGGUGAUACCGGACAACCAAAUUUGCGUGGAUAAGUCGAAGAAAUUCUUCGAUGAUUUGUCGAGGAUUUAUGAGCAGUGUCGUUUCGGGAGGCACAUUCCUUUCUCGCGCGAUCCCUUCAAGGACGGCCUGCUGCGGGUACCGUCGCGAUAUCUUUCGACGACGAAUCACUCGGAAUUUGAUAAUUUCUUGAAUCAGGUCGAAAGGCAUAUGGCUGAUUAUAAAGGACUGAUCGCUAAAUUAAAGGCCUACAUGCAAUACUUUGAAAAUGAAGUGUCACGAGUGCUGCUAAAUAGUGAUUGUGUUUUUAAUAGAGACACGUAUCGAUCGUUGAUAGUCGAACAGCAGAUGCACGCAAAUCUGGCUGCUUCUCACAACAGCAGCAAUUCGGCAUCGUAUCAGACGGGUGGAGGUGCGAUGAGUGGUUCGAUCUCGAGUGCGUGCGAGCAGAUGCCUCCUCCUGCGGCACCAGGCAGUGUUUCCGCUGGUCUGGGAAGCGCCGGGAACAGCCAAAUGAUGGAUACUAGUCAAGGUGGUCCGCGUAGUGUGGAUCAAGGAGGUCCGCUGGGCAGUAGUAGCGGUGCGGGCGGACUGUUGAAUUGUUCCGCGGGGAGCAGCGGAAGUCUGGUCGAUUCGAUCGGCUCGUCGGAUAUGAGCGGCGGUCUGGGAGGAGGUAACGACGCAAAUGCAGCAAUGAACAGCGGAAAUCCGGGUGGUACAGGUGGUUUGACGGGUAGUCAAUUGGUAACGUCGUUGAUUCAAGAACAACUGAACGAUGGUUCGAUUCCGGACGACGACCCUGGAGCUUUGCCGCAUGUCAUUGUGCUCUAUUUGGUGAAUCCGUUCCUGAUGGGUGCUGAGGAGAACGCGCUGGUGGCGCGUGUGGUGACAGUGGCGCUGAUGCGCUCGUUCAACGCGUUGCUGUAUCGCUUGAACGUAAAACGUCGAACGCAACUGCAGUUGGAGAUCGUGUCGUUGGAGAGUAUUUUCGACUACAACACGAAUUGCGCUGAUUUCGCGAAGGACGAUCGCGGCCGAUUGAAUGCAUUCGAUCAGGGUCGUAUCGAAAAAUCACUGAAUGAGCGGAUGACAUCAUCAGAUUCGCUCAAGACCUUGGCGCUGUCGGUGUACUCUCAGUCGCGAAUCGUUCUAUCGGAUAUCGUCAGGGGCAUUCUGCCAAAAAGCAUGACCCGGUUUGGCCCAGCGUCCGCGAUGAACGACCUGUUGAAUGAGAUCGACAAGAAGGAGCCGAUAUUUUACAAGGUUCCGUGUAAGCCGUACAUAUUGGCCCCACCGUCGCCAGUGAUGCAGAAGUGUUCGGGUGAUAUAAUGCAGCUGAACAGCGACGAGACGGUGCUGUUUGUGAGUUACUGUCUGAUCGGGAACGAUUGGUUGGGCGCCACGGUGACCGAUCACCAGGGACAUCUGCUAGACAACUGCCUGAUCAACCUGAGAUUGAAACCGGAUCAUAAAAGAGUGAACAUGCGAUAUAAGUCGUCGACACAGAUUCGUGACAGUUUAUAUAGGUUGUGGUCGUAUAUCUUGGGAAUAUUGGCGACUAGUACGAAAAAUUGGCGACUGGUGAUUGGAAGGGUGGGUCGAAUUGGACACGGAGAGUUCAAAUUCUGGACGCAGUUGUUGAGUAAAUCGUACUUGAAACAGGUCGGAUCGAAGAUGAAACAAGCUUGCCGUUCGUGUCACAUGAUGCCUGGAACAACGGAGAUACCUGGUGUGUUGUCGGCGUGCUUGGUGAGUCUCGAGCCCGAGGCUCAUCUGCGACUGUUUCCGUCGUCAUUCCAACACGACGAACGAUUUGUGAAGAAUGCAAAGUAUAGGACGUUGACCACUCCGGAUGACUGCUCAUGCACACACAUUCUCGUGUUCCCGACUAGUCCUGAGCUGAAUUUGGAUCAUCAAGGUGGAUCGGGCGGUGGGGAAUGUGAAGAGGACGAUUUCUCGAAUUUGCUAUCCGAAGAGAUCGGCGAGGAAUUCAGCGAUUUGAUCGGAAAUGGCGAGGACUUGAUGACGAACACAACACAGCAAACGCAGCAGAAUGGCAGUUUUAGAGUGGGCGGCAAUACGGGAAUACCAAGUGAAUACGCUGAUAUCACGAUCGAGAAUCAACCGUUGGCGACGGGCUAUUAUGUGUCGACAGCGCCCGCCGCGGAGCUUCCCGACUGGUUCUGGUGCGCAUGUCCGUCGGCGAAGAGACGCAAUCCGGUGCAUCUGAAGUGCUCGUUGCACUUGAACACGCCGUGCGUGCAGCAGGGGGACGACAUCUCGUCGUUUGGCUCGAAGCAAUCCGAGCAAUCACACCAUCAGCUGGACAGUCAGGCGACGGUCGACGUGCUCAGGUACGUUCUGGAGACGUACAACGCGUUGUCGUGGCUCAAUAUGGACUUUGUGACGGGUGAACGACGCUCGUGUUUGCCCAUUCACAUACAGGCUCUGAUGCGACUCUGCAACACCGCCAAUCGUCUCAUCAACUGA